AUGGACCUGUUGUAUGGACUGGUCCAGAUUCAUGUUGACAAGGAAUAUCUUGACGGUUUCCUUACCGUUGGUCAGGAUUAUGACUGUGUCAUUGAUAAAGUCAUACCACAGACUGAUUCGGGAUCCCUUGACACCUAUAUCCAGAACACUCUUUCUUCGCUCUACCCGCCUUUUGAGGCCACUGCUGCUACUGUUCUCUGGCAGCUUUUCAGCAUUGUUGAAAAGUUCUACCAUGGAGAUGGUCUCAGAUGUCUAAUUGAUUUCCUUGUCCCUGCCAAGAGAGUCUUGCAGUGCAUCCAGCGGGAAACCUGUGACAAUUAUACUGGCCUGAUUUUCUACCACGAAGGAUGGCCAUUGUGCAUACAUGAGAAGGUCAUAGUACAGCUGGCCUCUCUCCGCAAAGUCCGUUUAAAACCAGGAGACUUUUACUUCCAAAUUGUGCCAGUGGGAAAGCAGUCAGCCAACCUAGUGUUAAAAUGCCUCUCCAGACAUGGGAAAGGAAUGGAAGAAGUCCUUGUACCUGAAACCAUGUACGGAUAUAUUUUCACAGCAGAAUUUUUGGAAAAUGUGAAUUGUGAACGAAAUGGCUGCCCCUUGCAGAGCUGCCUGCUGACCGCUGGACCAGCCGCCUACAGGACUCCUUGGAAGAAUAUUGUGAAUCCCAUCUUUAUUCCUACAGCUGAAACAAUCCUGCAAAAAUAUUCCAGUAAUUCUCUGCUUGAAAAGUUAAUCCUCGGCCAUCCUGAUGCUAAAGCCAUGGCACAGACCCCAGAAAGCAGCAGCUCCUGUGAGAGUUCCACGUCGAAUGACACUGGUUCUACCGUGGCAGAGGCACCACUGGCAGAAAAUCACGGGGACCAAAGCAAUAACCAUUCUGCUGUAUGCCAUGGCCCUGAAAACCAGAUGGGAGCAGAAAGCUCAGAAGCCUCCGCUGAGGAUGGGAAAGUUGCUGAUGCAAGCCCCAGAGCACUUCCUGAAGGAUGCCCAGAUGUGGAUCCCAUUUUCGGGCAAGCCACCAGGGAACCUGAGAAGACAUUUGAAUCGGCACAAGACUUUCUGAAGGACAAUGCAUCAACCCCUCUGCAAGCGAAAAGGAAGGGCGCUAGAAGCAUAACUUUUGGUACAGACUUGAGCAGCCCGCGUCAAAGAGGGCGGGACUCUGUGUAUUUUGAAACAAAACGUUUGUUUAGAAAGUCGUACAUAGAAGCUUUGCAAAACCCAAUGAACUUGGGUUCCAGUUCUGAGGAAUCAAUUGUGGAAGAAGAACUUUCAGGGCAUGUAAUGGAUUCAAGAGAGACGGGCAAUGCUUCCAGGGUUGCCGAGAACAAAGUAUGUGGGAAUUGUGUUGAGCAAGGGAGCUUCUCAGGCAAAGUAUUAUCAAGAAGGGAGGAACUAAAAGAGGGCUUUAGAUUUGGGGAGCAUUCCCAAGCACCAGAAAAACUGUUUGUACCUCAUGAAACUUCUUCCGUGGCAGGUUGCAGGUUGGAUUCAAGAAGAUCUCGGUCUUUAGAUAGGCCACUUAAGAGUUCACGAAGUAAAGAUCGCAAGCCCGGAAUUUCCUCAGAUGGAAUGUUUGGUGCAAAUCCCAAAAAGCUCUUAAAUGGACAUUCGGUAAGGCUGGAGAAAUUGGAUUCACGUUUCCAUGAAUGCACUUCUUCAGAAAAUCAAAAAUCCAGCAAAGAAGAUGAAGACCCAGCAAGAGACUCCAGAAUCGGUUUUCAAAGUUGCGAGUCUAAUGUAAAUGUGCCACCUCUACUGCUUCGACAUGAGAAUGAACUCUCAGCAAAUACUGGGGAUCGUGACUGUACAUUUCCAAGCCAGUUGUCUGAACUGAAUCAAGAAUUACUGCAGUCGGGAAUAAUAACGCUGUGUGGAAACAGGGACCGUGGUGGAAGAGCUGUUGUGCAGGUCUGCAUUAAAAAUGGUGUGUGGUUAAGUGAGCUUUCCAGAAUCCAGGAGCUUACUCGACUUCUGAUCUAUUUCCACAACAUCCCCAGAAAGGAGGUCCGCGCUUUGGGACUGCUCGUUUUAGUGGACGCUCGCAAAAGUCAGAAUGUACCUACCUUUUUCAAAGCCUUGGCAGCUUUGCAGGGUGCAGUUCCUCACUCCAUUCACAGUGCCCUGAUACUGACUGAUAAGGAAUCUACUUUUAAGCCUGACAAAGAGAUUGCUUUUCAGUGUGAAGUUCUCACAUCUCUGAAGGCCUUACUUAGGUACAUUGACUGCACCCAGUUGACAGCCGAGUUUGAUGGGACUUUCCCCUACAAUCACAAUGACUGGAUACGUUUCCGAAGGAAACUUGAGCCAUUCAUUACCAACUGCCAAGAGGCUGUGGUUUUCUUACAGUAUUCUGUGUGUUCACUCAACAGUACCCAAACUCCAGUCACUGCACAGGAAGUGAAUGAUUUAAUCCAGAAGCACAAGACAAUGAUGAAACUGGUUUUGGAAGAAGAAUUGUUGGUGACCUUAAGACUUGAGGGUGGGACAAUCUUGGCAAGACUUAGAAAAGAGGAAUUCUGCAGUACAGAAGAUUAUCGAGAUGCUAUGGAAACUGCUACGAGGCUAUAUAAUCAGGUAGACGAGGAAGUCCAUAGGCUGGUCCUGUUGUCUAAUAAGUGCUUGCAACAACUGGAAAAUUUCUUGGCAGUGAGAAAAUUUGAAGAAGGCUGUGAUCAGAUAAAAGUUUGGUUUGAAAACGAGAGAGAGAAAUAUCUUGGCCCUUUGGAUCAAGAAAAGCUUUCACUUGAAAAUGUGCAACGGAAACAGGAAGAAUUCCAAGCUUUCCAUGAAAAAGCAGUGCAGUAUUCCCAGAAAGGGCUACAGCUCAUAAAAGAGAAUUCUACAUUGAACUCUGAAGAAGAAUUUCAAGCCUUCAGCAAGUAUCUGAAUAACAUCACCGUUCAAACAGAGAAGCGGAGGAGGGAACUAGAGAAGCUGGGAAAGUUAUAUGAAUUUUAUGAAACGGCUCACAACUGGAUGGUUCAUUGUAAUGAGUAUCUUGAGCAUCUUUCAAUAGAAGACAAAUAUUCCCAAUCAGCAAUUCAGUGUUUGCAAAGUUACCACCAAGAAGCUACGAAGGUUUCUGCAGAAAACUUUCAGAAAGUCAAUGAGGUUAUCAUUGCCCUAGGAAGCAAAGAGGAACUAAAGCAGUGGAAUAUCUUAUGGCUGAAAUGUCAGCAGGCCAAGCACCACUUAGAAGAGGUCCUUUCUGAAGCAACUAAAGGUUCCAACAAAGAAGAAACCAGCUGUACGGCCAAGAAGACUAGCCAAAGGGUUAACCAUACACUGGAAAGCAAAUCUGGAACUCAGCACUGUGGUGCCACUAGCACUGAUGAUAGCAUCUGGGAUACUCUCUGUACAUUUCAGCAGGGCAGCCUACCAGUAGUCAUACCUCCUUCUGUCUACCAGAGAGAAACCAUUCAAAGCACAGAUGUGUUUUCUCCUGUUAAUCCUUCCCAGUCACAAGCACAUACAUCACUGUUGGGUAGGCUUCAAAGGACUAACCGUGUUUCAGAGGAUUUGGACAACAUCUCCACCUGCUGUUCAGAGCCAAUCCAAACUCCCACCACCCGCCACAGGAAACACCCACUAAAAAAGAUCAUGAAGAAGACGCAGAGUUUUGAACUGGCCCGACAUGAGAGCAGCCACUGUGAACUUCAUCACCCAGGAUACACUGGAGUUUACAUCAAAGGACUGGAAGUAGUCAGUAAUAUUGCUGCAGAGAAGAGACACACCCAGCGCUCCGCUAUUAAGAGCCCUUUGGUUGGUAGAAAUCGGAGCUUAUCCUCUCCGUCAAGAAUUCACCACAUGGCAGAAGAAGAAGAAGAAGAAGAAGAAGAAGAGAGAAAAAGUGCAGGAAGUAGCAAAGUGCACCAUAUAAUGGAUGAGAUGAUCACAACCGAAAGGGAAUAUGUCAGAUCCUUAGGAUAUAUUAUCAUCAGUUAUUUUCCAGAAAUGGAAAGGAUCGACUUACCUCAGGACUUGAGAGGGAAAAGAAACAUCAUCUUUGGGAAUCUGGAAAAACUCUAUGAUUUCCAUUGUCAUUAUUUUCUGAAAGAGCUGGAACGUUGUACUGAUUACCCACUGCGGGUCAGUCACUCUUUUCUCAGACACGAAGAACAGUUUGGGAUGUACGCAUUAUACAGCAAGAACAAGCCGCAGUCGGACGCUUUACUUAUAAGCCAUGGAAAUGCCUUCUUCAAAAAUAAGCAACAAGAACUGGGUGAUAAAAUGGACCUGGCUUCUUAUCUGCUGAAACCUAUCCAGAGAAUGAGCAAAUACGCGCUCCUUUUGAAGGACAUGAUUAAGGAGUGCUCAGCAGCACAAGAACAAGAGCUCAGCGCCCUCCGUGCGGCCGAAGAAAUGGUCAAGUUCCAGCUUCGCCAUGGGAAUGAUUUGCUUGCCAUGGAUGCCAUCAGAGGAUGUGAUGUCAAUCUGAAAGAACAGGGACAACUGAGGUGUCAAGAUGAGUUUCUCGUGUGCUGUGGCAGAAAGAAGUAUCUCAGGCAUGUCUUUCUUUUUGAAGACCUCAUCUUGUUCAGCAAAACGAAAAAGAUUGAUGGAGGAUAUGACAUUUAUACGUACAAACAGUCGUUCAAGACAGCUGAGAUCGGCAUGACCGAGAAUGUUGGGGAAAGCGGCCUGCGAUUUGAAAUCUGGUUCCGGAGGAGAAGGAAAUCCCAGGACACCUACAUCCUUCAAGCAAACUCAGCGGACACGAAGAUUGCAUGGACUGAUAUCAUUGGCAGGAUUCUUUGGAGGCAAGCACUGAGGAAUCGAGAACUCCGAAUGCAAGAAAUGGUGUCCAUGGGCAUAGGGAACAAACCGUUCAUGGAUAUCAAGCCCAGUGAUGCAGCUAUAAGUGACAGAGCAAUUGACUACAUCAUGAAAGGGACAGAGUCAAGAACUCGUGCCUCAAUUGCCGUAUCUUCGUUUGACCACUCCACGCCAUUUAAGAGGCCCCACUCCACGAUCUCCAACAGCAGCACGUCGUCCUCGAGCAGUCAGUCGUCUUCUUCUAUCCUGGGCUCACUAAAUCUGCACACAUAUUCAGCGCCAACUCAUUCUGGUUUAGUUGGGCCACCCUUCUAUCACUGGUCGUAUGACGUCAGAACCUGCAUUGAGGAAGAUGAGCUGGAACAGGAAACUGGAAGCCAGCCCUCCAUGAUUACCGAGAGUUCUGAAUCGUCCCAGGGCACAUCAGGUGAAAGCCUGAGUGGCUUCAGCAGCCCUGCCCAGACCGGGCUCUCCUUGCUUCCUGCAGAGGCAUUUCUGGAUGAAGAAGGCCUCCCCAGCCCUGGCUCCAGGCCUCCAUCGCAAUGCACGUCGCCUGCCCUCUCGGAGAAGAAUCCCAGGCCAAAGGGCAGCAUUCAGGAUAUCACAGCUAAUAAAACCUCUCAUAUUUUAGGCCUUUCAACAAUGGUUUGA